GUCCGUCCACCGAGGAGACUCUCGGCUCUUGAAAAAAUGUUGACAAACGAAAAAGAAGGGGAGCGAACAGCGAAGCAAGGCAAGUGCUGGGCCGUCCUUGGUUCCUCGUCCUCUCUCCUCGUCUCCUGACUUCCGAGGCUUCCGAGUCAUCAGCGCUUUGACUGUUUGGAUUCAAUAGAGAAGGAGCCAGUUAGAGUGGCUUUCAUCGAGCCCAUCCAUAGGCAGAAUGACUGACUGACUGACUGACUGAAAGGCCUGCUGACUCUUGACAUAAUCCCGGGGCCCGCAUGCAUGUGGAGGGGCAUACUCACUCCAUCGUGUUCCAUUGAUUGCCGUGACAUGAGACCAGUGUGAUGUGAUAAUGAGCACCGCUCAUCAUUAAUCGACUGGAUCAAGGCUGCUAGGCGGCUGGCUGGCCCAUACCAUCGUGCCUUGUUUUGUGAAGUCGUCGUCUCCUCAGCCCAUUGCCUCAGAAUUUGUUUUCAAUGGUCUCUUUUUCAGCCCGUGACCUCUCUCGUAUUUCUCUCAUCUCUCUUAGUAGUUAAUUGUCACACGAGAGGUUUGAGCCCGUGUGUCCGUGUUCCACUCAAGUAAUUGUGACCAUCAAAUGAGCCUCCGUUGUCGUCUCGUCGGUUUAUUAAAGUGCUUGUUUGCCGAACUGACCGGAGUGGGUGCUUAUGCCCUAUCCCUUACCCAUGGACCCGAUGCACGCACGCCUCCCGUUGUCUCACUUUCACGCCUUCUCUCUUUCUCAUUGACCGAGGCCACAUGGGGCAAAGGGAAUGUUCUAGGGCCAGUGAUCCAUGCUGAUAUUCGCAACAAGCAUGACUAAGGCCGGUCAUCCCGUGUAGCCGUCUAGGAAACGCUCUCGCCAGGAGUACUUGUACACUUUGAGGAUACAUACAAGCUUGAGACUCCUACAUUGACGACUCCAAAACAGCGCGCAACGACCCACUCAUUGCUAGGCUACUUGCUGACUUCGCCAGUUUUCAUUUCCCUCGCCUACUCUCUCCUUGUGUGCCAACCCACUCACACACUAAGUGAGUAGUGACUGAGUGAGUGAGAGACUUAGUGACUUAGUCUUUUGCUUCCUUCCUACUUGGGUUCGUUCCCUCGCUCGUUCCUCGCUGGCUCGUUCCUGGCUGACUCGUUGAGUUCGUCGAAAAGUUUGAUUAGUGAUUGUGGCCAAACUGAAGAAUUCAAGGAAACCUGCCCCACCCGCUGUUGGCCUUUGAUCAAGGCUAAACCGACCGUCACGACAUUGCCGUUGGGCCCAAGUCAUUCUCGAUUAAGUCUGACCAUCCGCGGCCAUUCUUACUCGGGUGUUCUAAACGAUUUCGCCGUUCAACCCGCCCAUCUCUGCCGGACCAGAAAGAACACCGUGUGAUGCUGAUUAUGAAUUGUUCAAGUGUCUGAAUGGGUAUAAAUGAUCCCAUUGUCGGUUAAAGUGUCAUUCGUCAAACGCUGGAUUAGAUUGGCGAGGGAUCCAAUCCUUACUGAGUCGUGAAGUGAAUCUCGCUCAGAUUCAGACUUCUUCGCUCAUAUUUAGUGCUAUUCCAAAUAAAAACCGCAUCCCGGUAACUUCCAACUGAACCGCCUCGCCAUGCAGCUUCGUUUGAUCCAAAUGACAAGGAAGGCUGGUAUUUCGGAGCCAUGUCCAGACAAGAUGCUACGGAUCUCCUAAUGGCCGAGCGAGAAGGCGGCGUUUUCCUUGUCAGAGACAGUGCGACAAUUCAAGGCGAUUAUGUGCUCUGUGUCAGAGAGGACAAUAAGGUGUCGCAUUAUAUUAUCAACAAAAUCCAACAAGGAGAACAAACUCGGUAUCGCAUUGGCGAACAAAUGUUCACCGAUCUACCCGCUCUUCUCAACUUUUACAAGGUCCAUUAUCUGGAUACCACGCCUCUGAUUCGACCUGCUCCCAAACGAGUGGAAAAAGUGAUGGGCAAAUACGAUUUUGAGGGCAACGAUCCGGACGACUUGCCUUUCCGAAAGGGAGAAAUCCUGACCGUGGUGUCCAAAGACGAGGAACAAUGGUGGACGGCGAGGAACUCCUUGGGUCAAACUGGGUCGAUCCCACUACCUUAUAUUUGCAAGGCCGACGAUCUCCCUUUUAAGAAUGGUGGAGCCACUCCCGCCAAAAGCCAAACCAACCACAUUACAAGCACAGAUCGUCAUCAACCAACGAUGGUCAAACCAUCAAGUAUACAGAGAAAACUGCCCGCCUAUGCGCGAGUAAAACAAGCUCGAGUGCCCAAUGCUUAUGACAAGACUGCUCUUCGACUCGAAGUGGGUGACGUGGUCAAAGUCACUAAAAUGACUAUCAAUGGUCAAUGGGAGGGUGAACUCAACGGCAAAGUCGGUCAUUUCCCUUUCACGCACGUGGAAUUCAUCGAGUCCUCGGAUUCGGGAAUCGAGGAACAUAGUUGACCGAUACUCGACCAUCCUGUGCGUGGUUCAAGACCAAUUCGGUCUUGAGGUAAUCCCAGUGCCAAAAUGAAUAAGAACUAAUAGUAUCAUGAUAUCGUUUUCAAAUGAGUGAAAGUGGAUAAACGUACGUACCUGGUGCAUUAAACAGAAUGGAAGAAUUACUUGGAAGGAGACAAGGAUCAUUCAUUCAUUCAUCAUCCAUCCAUCCAUCUAUGAUUCAUUCAUUCAUUCACGUUUCCAUUCAUGCAAUCUUCGUCGUCUUUUGCAUGCCCGUGAUACUCCGUGUUGUUUGACGAGCCCUUGCUGCUCAGAGUGCGAGUGCGAUUCCAGCACCUUGACGUGUUAAAACUAAGACCGCGAAUUUUUUCAAUGACAUCAGAAGAGGAAUUAAAACAAGUUACACUCCGUUAUCAUGCUAAUGAACAAAUUAUUACAUGGGAGAGUGAAAAUAUUGUUUCAGUGGUUUGUGAAACUGAUGGUGUUCAUCCCAUCGCAAUGAUUUUUCCAGGCAAACUGUUGAUUCGCCUUUGCCUCGCCCGAAUAUAUUAAAGCAAACAAAAGCGAAAGAGAACAGCGACUUUUUGUGCAAUGUCUAACCGUAAAUGAACCCUUCUAAUGAUUACCGAAGAGUCUUAUUCAUGAGAGCUUGCAAUGCAAUCGAGCACAGUCGAAGAAGAAGCCGAUGAGACCGUUUGAUUAAAGCUCAUCAUGUGACUAAUGCUUAUCUAUGAUGUUAUUUUGACAUUGAAUUUUGACUGAUCGUUUGUGCACAACUGCUUCCAUUAUAUGUAUGUGAGGUUUGUGUAAAAUAAAAAAAAUAAUUCA